AUGGCUGAACGGGUUGAUCCUGUUGUUGAGGCUUCUAAUAAGUCGCCAGUAUUUGAUACAAAACAAGCGGGAGAUGAUGGCAUCCGCCGAGCGGAUGGUAUCUCGGGAUUGUAUGAAGGAAAUGUCUUCGAGGCAACGCCCGAGAGCCGUCGUCAGAUUGGAGUUUUCAGUGCUGCCCUCCUAAUUUUUAACCGUGUUAUUGGUACGGGUAUCUUUGCCACACCGAGUACUAUCCUUACAUUGACCGGUAGUGUCGGUCUCUCCCUGUUCAUGUGGGUUGCCGGCACUAUCAUUGCUCUGGCUGGAACAGCGGUAUAUCUAGAAUGGGGUACUGCAAUUCCAAGGCAUGUCAUUCAAAACCACAAAAGCAUUAUAUGGAAGACGUGCCUGAUUGAUCUGACGUUGUAUAGAAAUGGAGGAGAGAAGAACUACCUCGAAUACGUUUACAAAAAGCCCAAGUUCCUGGCCACUGCCAUGUUUGCCGCCUAUGCCGUAUUACUCGGAUGGGCAGCCAGUAACAGCGUUGUCUUCGGCCAAUAUAUCCUCAACGCAGCAGAAAUUGAGGUCGGACGAUGGAAUCAGCGUGGAGUUGGCAUGGCUUGUCUCACUGCUGCCUUUCUUAUCCACUCCGUUGCCCUGAAAUGGGGUAUUCGUCUUCAGAAUGCGCUUGGUAUUAUCAAGUUGAUUAUCGUCGUGUUCAUCAUUGUUUCUGGCUGGGUGGCUCUUGGUGGCCACACUAAGGCUGAGACGCCGCAUAACUUCACCAAUGCCUUCGAAGGCACCAAGGGAAGCGGAUACGGAAUUGUCAUGGCGUUGUACAAUGUUAUUUGGUCCUUCAUUGGCUAUUCCAAUGCCAACUAUGCCCUGAGCGAGACGAAGAACCCAGCCCGCACCUUGAAGAUUGCGGCCCCCGUUGCUAUUAUAUCUGUUGGAAUUUUGUAUAUGUUUGUCAACAUCGCCUAUUUCGCCGCUGUAUCGAAAGAAGAGAUGCUCUCGUCUGGCAGCAUUGUGGCCGCCGUGUUCUUCAGAAACAUGUUUGGCAAGCAGGCUGAAAGAGUCAUGUCGGUCUUCGUGGCUCUCUCUGCAUUUGGCAAUGUGUUAUCCGUCAUCUUCUCACAAGGACGAAUUGUUCAAGAGCUCGGCCGUGAAGGUGUCUUGCCCUUCUCCAAGAUCUGGGCCAGCAAUUGGCCCUUCCACUCGCCAGCGGCUGGUCUGCUUGAGCACUACCUUGUCUCGGUCAUUAUCAUGCUCGCACCCCCUCCCGGUGAUGCAUACAACUUCCUCGUCAACCUUAUCUCUUACCCCCUUUCCAUUGUGAACUUCUUCGUUGCCGCUGGCCUCGUUCACAUCUACCUCACAAAAGAGAAAAACUACCCGAACUGGAAGCCCGCAGUCCAUGCCACGCUACCCGUCACCAUUUUCUUCAUGCUGUCGAAUCUGUACCUCGCAAUUGCGCCAUAUGUGCCGCCCAGCGAUGGCCAGAAUGUGUAUGAACAGCUACCAUACUACCUGCACUGUGUGGUAGCCCUUGGGCUUUUCGCAGCAGGAGGAAUCUACUACGUUGUUUGGGCAGUGUUGUUGCCUCGAUUUGGUGGGUAUGUGCUCGUCAAGGAGUCGGUCGUGGAUGCCGAUGGAUGGUCUCGCAGUGUUUUUACGAAACUGCCACAGGCUGAGGCAGUGCACUCUUAG